AUGCCGCAGAAGCUCACGGUCGCGGUGGCGCAAGCCAGCACCCAGUGCACUCUCGCAGCCACCUUGGCGGCCCUGGAGCGAGUGACUCGCCAUGCUGCAGCCCGCGGGGUGCACUUGAUUCUUUUCCCGGAGGCGUACUUGGGAGGCUAUCCCCGGACCUGCGACUUUGGCACAGCGGUUGGUGCCCGUGGCGCUCAUGGUCGCGACCAAUUCCUCGAAUACUUCCAUGCCGCGGUUGACUUGGGCGACACCCCAACCGGAGCUGGAGACGACUGGGUGAACCGGAGAUUGCCCCUUCCACGAGGCAAAGAGUAUCGCGGGGAUGGUACCCGAGAGGCACUGGAGAAGAUCUCCCGCGAAACGGGCGUGUUCAUUGUGUGUGGCGUCAUCGAGCGCGCCGGGGGUAGCCUGUAUUGUUCUGCCAUCUAUGUCGACCCGCGCGAUGGCGCCUUGGGCAAGCGUCGGAAAGUAAUGCCAACAGCCUCAGAGCGUCUGAUCUGGGCUCAAGGAUCGCCUUCUACCCUCAAGGCUGUCACCACCGAACUUAAUGGGGUUCGGCUGACCAUCGGAGCAGCGAUCUGCUGGGAGAAUUACAUGCCGAUGCUUCGACAGAGCCUGUACUCCCAGAAUGUCAACCUUUAUCUGGCCCCUACAGCCGAUGCCCGCGAUACGUGGCUGCCGUUGAUGCGCACAGUGGCUGGAGAAGGUCGUACGUUCGUUCUAUCUGCCAACCAAUGUGUGCGACGCCGGGAACUGCCCGGAUGGAUCACAGCCAACUCCCAGGACAAACACAAUGGCGAUGAAUAUAUAUGUAGGGGCGGCUCCUGCAUUGUCGGACCCCUAGGGGAAGUCCUGAGUGAGCCCAUCUGGGAAGUCAGUACGGAUGAUGUGACAGACGCCAACGAUCCCAAUGAUCCAGCCAUGGCAGCCGCGCUGUCAAUUACAGAGAUCGAUGUGGAGGAUUGUGAGCGCGGCCGGUUGGAUCUGGACGUAGCCGGCAGUUAUUCACGCAAUGAUUCCUUCAAGCUGACCGUAGAUGGGCUGGACCUGAACCCACCUCCAGUAUAA